AUGGGGGCCCUCAGAACCGUUGGUCUGGUGAUUCUAGCGAUCUCGGGUUUCACCUUUAUCGCGCUAUUUGGCAGGCUGCCAGCUUUCCGUAAAACUCCGGUUGCCUGGCUGCAUCGGGCACUGUGGGUGUACUUUCCAAAUGGAAUUGCCGCUGUCGACAAUUGCUUGUUUGGCGGGAGGUUAGUACGAGGCUGGAAUCGAUCUGGCAGCUAUGUAUUGAAAGAGAACCACCCGCUUGUCCUAAUUUUCUUUGUUUCCUUACUGGUCAUUGGAGAGGGCGUCUUUGUCCCGGCCGCGUGGCCUCGGCUUUCGAGCAUCCAUCGGCUCUGGGUAACUGUGGCUAUCACCUUACCCUAUCUCCUGCUUUACAAGUGUAUUGUGACCAAGUCAUUCAUCACCGCAGAGAAUCAUGAGGAAGAGAUGAGGCGAUAUCCGUACGACCGAGUCCUAUUUCAUCCGGGGCAUCGAUGUAGCACCUGCAAAUUCCUCAAACCAGCGCGCAGUAAGCACUGUAGCUUUUGUCAGGCCUGUGUUUCUCGGCAUGACCACCACUGUGUAUGGCUGAUGAACUGCGUCGGGGCCAACAACUGCGUCUACUUCAUCUCACUCUUGGUCUCUCUUUCUGUCAUGUUGAUAUACGGCUCCUACCUUGGUCAUUCCUUACUUUCCCAAAUGCUGAAGCAAGUAUUUCCUCCGGAGGUACAGGAGGCCAUGCAAGGCUGGACAGCCUGGAUCAACACAUGGAGCGUUGUGGUCGCUUCCGACCCCAAAAUUGGGGCAGUAUUUCUACUAAUGCUUAUGACUGCCCCGCUAGCGAUAUCUUUCCUGGCGUACCAUAUGUAUCUCAUAUGGGCUGGGGUGACAACCAAUGAGAGCGCCAAGUGGUCUGAUUGGAAGGAGGAUGUGGAAGACGGCUUUGUAUUCAAGACAAGACGAAGUCUCAUCUUCAGCAGCCCCCUUCCUAUGGACCCAUAUGAUCAACUAUGGCCUGUCCAUACUGAUCAAAUCCUUGUCACUGAUGAAAAACCUCCAACUGAAGGAUGCUUAUUGGCCUCCAACUCCAAUUGCAUUGCUCGUCGCCCGGAAUCAGACCUACCUCCUGACCCUCGAUGGAAGCGACUUCGCUCUAUGAGAGACGUCGACAACAUCUACGAUAUGGGCUUUUGGUAUAAUCUUCGGGACGUGGUGGGACUAUCUGUGCGUCGAACUAAGGACAUACCCGAUUCUCUUUGCAAGAUGGCAGAUCCAAAGCCGCUAUGCACGCCAGCCGAGCUUAUGCUCAAGGUGAUCCUUGCAGGGACCCUGAGCCAUUACGAAGUUCGGGGCAUGAUCGAUGACAAGCGGCUGGAGCAUAUGCUUGCCGCUGGGAAGCAGAUCUUGUACAAGACACACCAGGAGAGUGAUGUUCGUCACAAUCUCGGUAUGUCACCGGAUAUCUGGCAAGGUCUCACGAACGUCCUCACCAAAGCAAUUCCCGUCCUCGAGUCCCAAUCUUUCGCGUGGAAAAGCCCCGCGGCAAGCUAUGAACACUCAUCAGCCAAUUUGAUCGCAUACAAUUAUUUUUCGCUGGUCAAAGACAUUGAGCGCCUGAACGAUUUGUGUACAAUCGCCCGCAACCUCCUCGCCACAACCAAGAAGGCACAGAACCUCGCGGCAGAAACAGGAUUUGACCAAAGAAUACUUGCUCUCAUCGACACAUGUGUUCGCGUCACCGCACGAGCCUUCGAUGGCGAGCAAAAUGCGCGGAACGAGGAACGAUGGCAGAAAGUCGUCAACCUGUACAAGCGCCUUCUAAUUACGUGCCUCCAGUACCUUCAUAACUUCAUCAUGCACAACGAGCAUCGCAAGAUGGUGCUUUGGUUAGAUCUAUUUGGUUACCAUUCAACUGCUGAUACGAACAUCAUAAAGCCCAAGGAGCCUUUGGACGACGCCAGCUCGCGAGAAGGAGUGGCACCAAUUGUGCAAGUUGGAGAGCGUACUGCGGAGGAUUUGCUAUUGGAGACUAUCGCCAAGUUCCCGCGGGAGCCAGCGACUAUCAAGGAAGAGGCUGCCAUGCUGCUUCUGGCCAACAUUAAAGAUCACAUGGAGAGAAUUCUGGGGCGGGAUCUCAGCGCUAUUCAGGAAAUGGGCAGAGACCCAGACCAGGUCAAGGAUAUCAGGGCUGCUUUGACUGCAAUCCUUGGGGCCAAGGUUGACGGUUGGUCCGAUCUUCAGGACCGGGCUCGUGAGCUCCCGGCUGCGCUUCCCGAAGAAGAGCAUGAAGAGCCUGAAGACCACGAAGACCAGGAGCAUGGAAACCCCAGGGACCAUGAAGAGGAAGAAGAGGAACACGAAGUCACUAAGAAGAAGACCAUCCUGACUAUUGAUCGUAGCCUUACGGCUGGCUUCCCUCGCCUUUGCUGGGCCGAUCUUCCGGAGAUCAACGACUUUGGUGCUGUGGAUGGACCUGUUACGGAUGAAGAUACCAGUAUGCCUCGGUCAGCUCAAUCUGCCGCCGAGACGCUCCAAGAGGCCAAGGACGAACUGAUGGCUCGGCUUCAGGAGCCAUCCCAUAUUGAUGGCGAUGAAGAGCAUGACUAUGACCACGGCGAUACACACACAGUGGGGGAUGAUGAUUCGCACAGCCUAGACCACAUGGCUGACGGAAGCGUGGAUGGAGAUGGUGAGGAUGAUGUGGAUGACGAUGGCGUCGAUGGAGAAGGCGACGAUGAAGAAGAGGAAGACGAUGAAUAUCGUGGCCGUCCUGGUGAUCAACAGCGUGGUCUUUUGACAGAUAUCCCUCUGGUCCUUGGACCGGCAGAAAUCGAAGCUUUGCCUAUGAUUGUUCAGGCUGGUAUCGUGGACAGCUUCGGUCUCAAGGGCGGCGAACGGAAUGGAUCCAGAAAUAUGCAAGCGCUCCGUUGUCAUAUUCUGCUCACACAGGAGACAGGACGUAACCUACUGCGCGAGCUACUAAUUUUCAUUGCGGCAUGGGAUCUCCCCGACGACGAGCUCUACUUCAAGAUGAUGGUCCAGAUCAUGGAGGCUGUGCUCAAGAACGGCCUAAUGUCUCAUGCCUACUCGGACUUCGGCCAGCCGAAGGACAUAAUUUCACCGGCACAGGCUGUUGUGAUCAAGAUACUCACCCACAUCUUCAGAGCCAAGUAUUCUCCUGCUUCGGUGACGGGCUCGGCUCAGCCCAACAUCCCCCGCAACCCGAGUUCACUCAACAGAGUCGAUAUUCUCACUGUCCGAUACAUCUUUACCAUCUUCCGUGGCAACAUCAUCCCCGAGACUUGUGCUCUGAUCUAUCUCCAAGGUCAAAUCCGCGCCCAGCGGGCUCUCUCGGAGGACUUCCCGCUCAAUCUAUGGGACAUGGAACGGGUGUACGAAGGUGUCUACCAGUUUUUGGAGUUCUUCGCCGUCUUGACCGAAAACAACGACUGGAAGAACCUGCUGGUGAAAUGGGAGAUUGUCUACGAUUUGGUGACAUUGAUCAAGGAGUUGGAAGCAAGCAUCCCCAAGGGCCAGUUGAGCCAAUUGUCCUUUGGCGCCGUACCCCCUCCGCCUCCUCCCCGAACGGACGCCCCCAACGAAGCUUCCAGUGCCAGUCCCCCUGCCCCUGUCGCCGUCGAACGUCCUUACGAUCCCAGCGACCCAGACCCUGCCGACACCGGCGCCGGCAGCGUUGACUCUCGACCCGAGUCUCCUCCAAUCACAGAGGAUCCCUCCGAGUUCGAAUGGCGCAACCUCAAGAAGUUGGUCGUGCUUGUGCUCUCCUCGCUUGUCUGGAAGUGUCCCGAUGUUCAAGAGCAGAUCCGUCGCUACGGUGGUGUCGAGGCGAUUCUUUGCUGCACCGCCUUUGACGCCCACAACCCAUACAUCAAGGAGCAUGCUGUGAUGUGUCUUAAGUUCUUGCUGGAAGGUAACCGUGAGAACCAGCGUCUUGUUGAGGAACUCGAGGCUCGUGAGGUCGUCAAUAAUGACGGAGGUGUGCUGGAGCGAAGUGGCUACGAAGCCAUGAUCAACCAGGCAGGCAAGUUGGCCAUCCGACCCAAGGCUCGGGCCGAGGAAAUUUUAUGA